AUGGAAUCUAUGUCAUCUCCAAAAUUCCUCUCCACCCUUCCUCUGUUUCUAAUCCUUUCAUUUCUUCUUGCCUUGGCAUCAGCUUCACUUGCAUCCCAAGGGAGGGCCCUCCUCCAAUGGAAAGCCAGUCUCCAAAGCCAAGGAUCACUUGAAUCUUGGAACCUCAACGCCAGUCCAUGCAACUGGACUGGGAUCACAUGCGACGUCACACGUCAAGGUCGACGUGUGAUCAUAGAGAUGAAUCUAGCCAAUGUGAGUCUGGCAGGAACGCUGAAUUCCCUCAAUUUCUCCCUCCUGUCAUCACUUACCAGUCUGAACCUCACAUUCAACAAGCUCCAUGGAAGCAUCCCUCCCACCAUAACUGCUCUUUCCAAGCUCACCUCCCUUGAUCUUUGCACUAAUAACUUCACAGGGAUAAUUCCACUGCAGAUCAGCUCCCUGACAAAGCUCAACUCCUUGAAUCUCAGUGAGAAUCAGAUAAGUGGUUCUAUCCCUCCUUGGCUAAGUAAUAUGACAAAGCUUAACUUCUUAUGGAUAUACCAAAAUAACCUUUCAGGUACCAUUCCUGAGGAACUAGGAAGGCUUAGGAAUCUAUUGGAGUUGAGAAUCUCCAUCAACCAGCUAACAGGUUCUAUCCCUCCCACUCUGGGAAAUUUAACUCAGCUUCAAGUAUUGGCUUGUUGGAACAAUGAGAUAUCUGGCUCCAUUCCCCCUGAAUUAGGAAAUCUUGUAAACCUGGUCAUUUUAAGGAUGGCUAAAAAUAAUCUGACAGGUUCCAUUCCUCUGAGAUUGGGAAACUUGACCAGCCUUAACGAGUUCAAAUUGUGGGGUAAUCAUCUCUCUGGCUCCAUUCCUCUUGAAAUUGGACAUCUAGUGGAGUUAACUGAGCUAUCACUUUCACAAAAUAGUUUAACAGGUUCCAUCCCCACCAGCUUAGGAAAUUUAACUAAGCUUGAAACUUUGCACCUUUUUGAAAAUCAGAUCUCUGGAUCAAUUCCUUAUGAAUUAGGAAACUUGAGGAAGCUUAAUCAGUUAGUACUGUACAGUAACCAGAUCUCUGGCUCGGUCCCUCCAUCUUUUGGAACCUUAACCAACCUUACUGAUUUGAGAUUAUUCAAUAAUCGACUAUCUGGUUCUUUGCCUCAGGAAUUUAACAAUAUCACAAAUUUGACAUUUCUUGAGUUGACAAACAAUAGUUUUUCCGGCCAUUUACCCCAUGACAUAUGCAAAGGAGGAGUUCUAACUCAUCUCGCUUUAAACAACAACUAUUUUGAAGGUCCGAUUCCCAAAAGCUUGAAAAAAUGUACAAGCCUAAUUAGAGUCCGACUUGAGCAGAACCAACUAUUUGGUGAUAUAUCUGAAAAUCUGGGAGUGUAUCCACAUCUGCGGUAUAUUGAUUUGAGCUUCAACAGGUUGUUUGGUAAGCUAUCGUCAAACUGGGGAGGAUGUCAUAAUUUGUCGCUCUUAAGAAUCUCCAACAACAAUGUUACAGGCAUCAUACCGCCAGGACUUAGAAUGUUAACUCAACUAGAAGAACUUGACCUUUCCUCAAACUAUCUAUCAGGAGGCAUUCCGAAGGAUUUGAGCAAGUUAACUAAUCUAUUUAACUUGAAUUUGAGCAACAUCCAACUUGUUGGAGAGAUAUAUCCAGAAUUUGGUGAACUAUCUAAUUUGGAGACUCUUGAUUUGUCAGCAAAUCGACUAAGAGGAAGGGUACCGGAACAAUUAAGUAACUGCAUUAAACUUCGCUUGCUGAAGCUUGGAAACAAUAAUUUAAAUGGAAGCAUUCCCUUUCAAAUUGGAAAUCUGGAAAACCUAGAUGACUUCCUAGAUCUAAGCCACAACUCAUUUACUGGCAACAUACCAUCACAAUUUGGCAAAUUGGAUAAGCUACAAGAUCUGAAUCUAUCACACAAUGAGCUGACCGGUCAUGUCCCACCUUCUUUGAGUGAUAUGAUAAGCUUGUCAUCUAUAGAUUUAUCAUACAAUGAAUUAGAAGGUCCACUGCCUAAUAGCAGAAUUUUUCAAAAUGCUCCAGUGGAGUGGUUCAUCCACAAUAAAGGCUUGUGUCGUGUAGUGAAAGGUUUGGCUUCAUGUGGCUCAUUUACAACAAGCAAAGAUGAUUCAACUAAGCACCACAAACUUCUCUUGUUAACUAUCAUUCCUAGUCUGGGAACCUUAUUUCUCUUAUUUCUAUCUGUUGUAUUUGCUUUGUUAAUUUUGAGAAGGAAGAAAUAUAUUGCUCAUGAUACCAGUCAAAAGCUUGAAGAAGGUGAACUCUCCAUCUGGAACUUUGAUGGAGAAGACACAUACAAAAGCAUCAUUGAAGUAACGGAGGAUUUUGAUGAUAAGUACUGCAUUGGCACUGGAGCAUAUUCUAGUGUUUACAAAGCACUAUUGCCAAGUGGCAAGUUGAUAGCUGUGAAGAAAUUUCAUCCACUAGAAGUUGAAAAUACACUAAGCAAGCAAACUUUUUGGAAUGAAAUACAUGCAUUGACCGAGAUCCGACAUCGAAAUAUUGUGAAGCUUUAUGGUUUUUGCUCCAGUACUCAACAUAAGUUUCUUGUUUAUGAAUAUAUGGAGAGAGGAAGUUUGGCAGAUCUUCUCCGAAGUGAAAGUGCCAUUGAAUUUGAUUGGUUUAAGAGGGUGGAUGCCGUAAAACAUAUUGCUUAUGCUUUAUCAUACAUGCACCAUGAUUGCGCUCCACCAUUAGUACACCGAGACAUAACAAGUAAUAAUAUUCUACUAGAUUCAGAAUAUACGGCUUGUAUUUCAGACUUUGGUGUUGUUAGAGUUUUAAAGCCCGAUUCAUCUAAUUGGAGUAUGCUUACAGGCACACCAGGAUAUUUGGCACCAGAGCUUGCAUACACAAUGAAGGUUACUGAGAAAUGUGAUGUAUAUAGUUUUGAUGUAAUUGCACUUGAGAUUGUAAUGGGAAAGCAUCCAGAAAAACUUAUCUCUAUAUUGUCUUCUCCAGUUGGUGAAAACAUUUAUUUGAAAGAUAUAUUAGACCCACGACCAUCACCUCCUACAACUCAAGUUGGAAAUGAGUUAGUUGGAGUAGUCAUGACAGCAUUUCAGUGCAUGGAUAGCAAGCCAUAUUUUCGUCCGACCAUGCGAAAUGUAUCUCAACAGCUAUCCACUAUUGAGGCACGACCAAACUCCCAACCUUUCGACAUGAUCAAGUUAUGUCACCUAAUCCACGUCAAGGUAUGA